AUAUAACGAGUUGACUCUGGUUGAUCAAUUAACAACAAAAGAAGGAAUAAUUAAAAAACUGCCUAGAAAAUAAACAAAAAACUUUCAGAUAAUGGAGAAAAUCCCAAGAAAAGUAGAAAUAACUCAUAUUAUAAAUCCUUCGCGCUUCUAUUGUCGUGAUUUAUCCUUGAUAAAUGAAGAAGCCGAAAAUACUAAAAACAUUGAAGAAAGUCUUAUGGAAUUAGCUGAAUCACGAGAUAAAAAUAUGUCCAAAUAUUUCGAAUUGAAUAAAGGCGAGUUGGUGGCAUUUUUCUGUGACGUCAACAGAAAAUGGAUUCGUUGUGAGGUCGAUGAAUGCAAAACAUACAGUGGCAUCCUUACUCUGAUUUUAUGGGCUAUUGACUACGGAUUUCCUUUUUACACUAAAAAUUUCAAGAAGAUUUUUCCAUUACAUGGUCGCUUUCGUUAUCCUUGCAGUAAGAUUUUUGUUGCUGGGUUGGAAGUUGUACCAGCAAAACCUUAUUUUGAUAGCGUAAAAUGUAAGGAAAUAAUUCAGUUCAACGAUGAAUGGAUGGAUCAUGCAGUUGAAAUAUUUAAAACAAACUUAAGCACUGUUUCGGAAGUCUUCUUUUUAUCGUCGAAAAAAUUUUCACACACAAAUGUCAGCAUUGGUGAUUUGCUUGUUUCUGAAAAAAUUUCCAUUGACUAUGGAAUGUCUUCAAAACUGGUAAAGGAUCAUCUCGCUGUUUAUGUUGCACCAGAUUACUUUCAAAUUUAUUACGAAAAACUCUACACGAAUCACAUUGAACGAUGGAAUGACAACCGUCGAAGUGGCGGCGUUUUGAAGCUUCCCGAAGGAAUUGCCGCUCCUUUGAUCGUUAAAAAACUGUCUGAUAUUGAAGAUAUCGAAGAAAGCUCAGUUCUUGGUGCUGUUAACAAUUCCAUUAAUCAACGAAUCAUGCAAUGGAUGGACGCAUCAGAUACUCCAAAAAAUUUUGAAUCCAUUUCUUGUUCACGAACUACUAGCAUUUCGUCUUUUCAACAAUCAAACUCAAAUAAAAUGUCAGCAUCGGAAAUCUUGGAAUCUUUUGAAAUGGAUAUGGAAGAAGAAAAUACUUCAAAAAAUCGAACAUUAACUAGCCCCAUUUUUAUGCCAGCUGGUGCAAUGAUGAGCAUAAAACAAAAAAAUAUUACAACAGACCAUUCUAAAGGAAGUUCCACACUUCAGGAUGAACAAUUUGUUUCUGUCUCUGAAGUUGGCUCACAUGCAGCUAAUGAUGAAAAAGAAGAAGACCCUUGGAAUUAAAGAACAUCAACAUAUCGUAAAGUCAAUUUAAAAUUUAAUUUUUACGAGCAAACAUAAAAAUAAUAAAAUAAAAUGUGAAACUUUCCAUCGAAAUCAAAUUUCGUUAAAUAAAAAUGAACUUACAAAACAA